AUGUCGGCGCCAUCUCUCCUGGAGAAUGAGUACCGCAACAGACUCCCAACCCUGCUGGAAGUCCUGGGGAGACGGACUCUUGCACCUGUCGACCUGUUUUCAUUCUACAUCUACAUGAGAGACCAGCAAUGCUCUGUGGACUAUCUCGAUUUCUGGCUUGAUGUCUCCCAGCACAUGUCUCUGUGUCGUCACUACGUACGUGAACUACGCCGCUCUGUCCUCCUCGAGACCCCAGAACCCGAGAAAUUCGAUAGCCGGCCUUCUACUGCUUCCCAGCGACACCGGGAUGCCCUCCCAGGCGACGGAGAUUUCGCAAAUGGUGCCACCAAUGGACGUAGCCAUGGCAACGGUGAACUUGAGGACUCUGACCAGCGACUGUCGGCUUUCCUGCGCUCUGAGGGCCCGGCUUCCAUCAGAAACAGCGAGGAGUCUGAAUAUUCGAGAAGACAAGGCACUUUUCCUGGCCACGAUCGACGCGUCAGUAAUGCGUUGAACGGCAACCCUUAUGCCAAUGGGAAUGGCAACGGCAACGGCAACGAGACAAGCUCUCCAGGCCAUACAGUUACUCGCUCAGAUAUCCGUGCAAGUGCUGUCAGGAUCCUCUACACUUACCUGCUUCCUGGUUCUGAGCGCGAGGUUGUUCUACCAGACAGUAUCGUCAAUGAUAUUGUUCAUAUGAUAGAGGAAGAAGGCAGGGAUGACCCCGAAGUCUUUGAUACUGCAAAGGACUACGUCUUCCAGGCCAUGGAGAGAGAUGCUUUCCCUGGCUUCCUUCAGGCUAAGGCACUCGGCAACUUGGUCCCACCUAGCAUCCUUGCUCGUCUAGUCAUUGCUCUCGUCAGCUUUGGUGCCGGAUUCUGGGCUGGAUUCUUUGUUAUCUUGACUGAUACCCCGCGAAACACUCGUUGCUGGGUAAUCCUUCCAUUUUCGAUUGCUGCAUACUUCCUUUCAUCCUACCAGUACAAGAUUGAUCCAAUUCUUGCGCUCGCCGGAUUAAGCGAGUAUACAUUCAUGAACUGGACACGCAUCCGAGAACCAUACGUCCGCGCUCUCCUCAUCAAGCGAGCCUCAGUCUCCUUACUUCUUGCUGUAGUCAUUGCUCUUGCGCUUUGUCUGCUCUUCAUCCUUGUUCCAGGAACCCGUCUGUAA